GCACCAGCCGUGGGAGGAUGGAGGAGACCUGAGGAGGGGUCGACACAGUCAGUCUACAGGAGCCGGGCUGAUACUGCUGCAUGCGUUUGGCUGUAGAUCUGUGCUUGGAUACAGUCCAGCUGUACACACACGUGUUCCCUGAGAAAACUAUGCUAUGAAGCAUGGACCUUUGACAGAAAUGCCUUGCUGCAUGGCCUUGAAACAGGACUGGUUCCCCCCACCUAAGGCUGUAUGGUAAUAAAUGUAUGUAGACGUGAUCUAGAGUAAAGCAGAGAAGGAUUCAAGAUCCAUUUCAUCUGUCAUUUUCUUUAUGUAUCCGCAUACAUAAAAACAUUCUGAUUGCACUUGUCACUGAAGUAGAACAAAAUGCAAAGUUUAAGCACCAACUUGGCACUGGACCCCACUGCUUUCCCACCUCUGUUUGCACCAAUGGAGUUACCCUAAUGUUUACAAAUUGGGAUCGAUCCUGCACCUUCUCCCUCAACUCUCAGGCUUGAUUCCCACCUUCUCACAUGUUCAGUAUUUUGUAAUUCAGCUGUAAUUCAUCUUGAGGAUUUCAAAUUCUCAAUCCAGAGCUGAAAGGUUACCAGUGGAUUACCCUCCAGCAGAAAUCAUAGCUAUUUGCGAACAUUUUUGCACAGAAAGCUAAGCUGUGGCUGUAGAACUAGUCAUGAGUACCGGCGAGCUGCAUCAUCUUGACUAUCUUAAUGAAAAUGAACUGAUGGAGAUGGAUACGUUCAUUCAUCGCAUUGACUCUACUGAGGUCAUCUACCAGCCCCGGAGAAAGAGAGCUAAGCUGAUAGGAAAGUACUUGAUGGGGGACCUGCUGGGGGAAGGAUCUUAUGGCAAAGUGAAGGAGAUGCUGGACUCAGAGACUCUUUGUCGCAGGGCUGUCAAAAUAUUGAAGAAGAAGAAGCUGAGGCGGAUUCCCAAUGGAGAAGCCAAUGUGAAAAAGGAGAUUCAGCUGCUAAGAAGACUCCAACACAAGAAUGUGAUUCAAUUGGUGGAUGUGCUCUAUAAUGAAGAGAAGCAGAAAAUGUAUAUGGUGAUGGAGUAUUGCGUUUGUGGGAUGCAAGAAAUGCUGGACAGCGUCCCAGAAAAAAGGUUUCCAGUAUUUCAAGCUCACGGGUAUUUUUGCCAACUUUUAGAUGGCCUUGAAUAUUUGCACAGCCAGGGAAUAGUUCACAAAGACAUUAAACCAGGGAAUCUGCUGCUGACCACAGACGGGGCACUUAAAAUCUCCGACCUUGGAGUAGCAGAGGCCCUUCACCCAUUUGCAGAGGAUGACACAUGUCGCACCAGUCAGGGCUCUCCGGCCUUCCAGCCUCCAGAGAUCGCCAACGGACUGGACACCUUUUCAGGGUUCAAAGUGGACAUUUGGUCUGCUGGGGUAACACUAUACAACAUUACGACUAGUCUGUAUCCAUUUGAGGGAGACAACAUCUAUAAGCUAUUUGAGAACAUUGGAAAAGGUGACUUCACAAUUCCUGAGGACUGUGGACCCCUCCUGUCGGACCUGCUGCAAGGAAUGCUCGAGUACGACCCUGCAAAGAGGUUUUCCAUACAGAACAUAAGGCAACACAACUGGGUGCGUAAGAAACACCCUCCGUCUGAGCCCCCUGUGCCCAUCCCAGCCAGUGCAGAGAGCAGGGAUCCCUGGCGGAGUAUGACGGUGGUGCCCUACCUGGAGGAUCUGCACGGCUACACAGAGGAGGAUGAUGACGAUCUGUACGACGGAGAGGAUGAGAUCAUCUACACUCAGGACUUCACAGUGCCAGGACAAGUGGCCGAAGAAGAUCUGGAUCAAGGGCACGCAGAUCACAGUCCACCUCUAGCCAAGCCAGUUUGUGUGAACGGCACAGAGGGGGGAGGUCUGAACAGCAAGGCCAAAGCCGAGCGUCGAUCCUCGUCUUCAUCCAACCCCUCGCGUAAAGGAGUCUCCACAGCCAGCAAGAUCCGCAAGCUCUCCACCUGCAAACAGCAAUGACCUCCUCCCCUCCCUCCCUCCCUCGGCAACAUCCCACCUGGUUGAUAUAUCCCCGUCCUUCUGUGUCCAGAGUUCACACAGUUGUGAGAGAAACCUGCUGACGUAAUGCCCCUGUACCUCCUUAGACCGCUGGCCUGCAGAGUCUUAUGAAGAGGCACUAUAAGUGACUGGGAGGAGGAGGACAGCAUGAAAUGUUCUUUUUGCUCUGAGACUGAGGCACUGGCUGUGAAGAUGUUUUUUUUUUCUCUCUCUCCCAUACUUCGGCUACUUUCAACUCCUCUGUCAUCCAGUUCUAUAUGCUAGUCCCCCUCUUCAUCUUCUUAGGAGAGUGAAGUGUUGCACAGGACUUUAAAGACACCAUCACCCAUGUACCCCACCCAUCCACGAUCCCCCUCUCCCCCAUCUUCUGUUUCUUUGACUUUUGUUUGACGGUAUCCUUAUGGGCAGUUUUAAAGACACAUUGUGAUGUGUACAAAAUUAAAGAGGAAAAAAAGAUGACGAAUGCUAUGAAUAAUUCUAUAUUUAGAUCUGUGAUGAGAAUACUUACGAGAGUACUCUACUACCACCAAACCUAAAAAAAACUGCAUGCUGUACAGAGCUGGAAGAAAGGGAGAGUACUUGGUUUGUGAACGGACUGACAGACUGAACCUUGAGAUCCACCUCCUCUGACCUGUUGGGGAUUUUUGAUUUCCAUUUAAGGUUUUUCUUUUUGUCUUUUUUCUUUUCCAAUGAAUAUUUUUUAAUUAUUAUUUAUAAAAAAAAGAUGUCCCAAACAGGA